GCCGUUUGGAGUCAUUUCUCCUCACACUGACUCGCACGUUCAUCCUCAAGUUCGGAGCUUUUUGGUUUUGCCCUCAAACAAACCCUAGCCAUCUAACCUCCACCACCGCCGCAGGGACUGAGACCGCCGUCCGUUGCGCUGUCGUCGUGCUCCAAGUCUCCAACCCCUGUUCACUCUCACGGUCUCACCAAUCGCAGCUUCUUCCUCGAGCUCAGCGUCCGGCGUUGUCUUCGUCUGCUUAGCCGCACUUCUGCCCUCGUCCGUCGUCGUGCUCGUCGUCUGGUCGCCGUCGUCCGUCGGGCUCAACCGCUCUCCCUCACACUCUGCCCAGACUGCUCAGAUCGAAGUGCAUUACUGAUUUACUGUGAAAUAUUCAAGCCUAAAACACAAUUUCGCUUUGUGCGCAAGCCAAGCCCGAGAAGCAAAGAAAACAUCUUAAAAAGCAAAUUUCAAAGAAGAAGAAGAAGGAGGAGAAGAAGAAGAAUAUCAAACUCAAGUAAGCGAUGAGCAGCAUCGGAACAGGUUACGAUCUAUCGGUCACUACUUUCUCACCGGAUGGCCGCGUUUUCCAGAUCGAGUAUGCCGCCAAGGCCGUCGACAAUAGCGGGGUUUUGGGGAAAAGGGAAUUAGUAAACAAUUGUUCAUUGGGCGUGGAGAAACUUAUUGCUUCAAAAAUGAUGUUACCGGGUUCUAAUCGGAGAAUACACUCUGUUCAUCGCCACUCUGGCAUGGCCGUGGCAGGGUUAGCAGCUGAUGGUAGGCAAAUUGUUGCGAGGACCAAGUCUGAAGCAACUAACUAUGACAGUGUGUAUGGAGAACCUAUUCCUGUUAAGGAACUUGCUGAACGCGUGGCUAGUUAUGUGCACCUUUGCACACUAUACUGGUGGCUCAGACCGUUUGGAUGUGGCGUCAUACUAGGAGGUUAUGAUAGAGAUGGACCACAAUUGUACAUGGUUGAACCUUCUGGCGUUUCCUAUAGAUAUUUUGGUGCUGCAAUUGGGAAAGGCAGGCAGGCUGCAAAAACAGAGAUCGAGAAGCUAAAGCUUACUGAUAUGACUUGCCGUCAAGGGGUUAUUGAAGUAGCCAAGAUUAUUUAUGGAGUUCAUGAUGAGGCAAAGGAUAAAGACUUUGAACUUGAAAUGAGUUGGGUAUGUGAUGAAUCAAAUCGCCAACAUCAAAAGGUCCCCGAUGAGCUUCUAGAAGAAGCUAAGGCAGCAGCCAAAGCUGCUCUUGAAGAAAUGGAUGCAGAUUAGUCAGAUUGAAAUAGUUAUUUAGUUCUAGAGAUGUAUUUCUAUAACUGACUAUUUCAGCAUUUGGAACUUUUAAAGGAAAUGUAAUGUGGGAUUUUCUAUGCUUGAUUAUUAAACGUCGAGUUCCUAUGGAUAAAUCUUCUGAAGGAAGUACUUUAGAUUCUGGCCUUCGGUUAUUGAUUUUAUGUUUGCAUUGUGUCUUC